UUGCAUAUUUUUGUGUUUCUUUUUCCAAGGUCUUCCAGUAAUUGUAUUUUUUUAAGGAAUGAAACAGGGUGGAAAAUGUUCCAUGAGCUGCAGAAAACAGAGCUUGCUGGUGAAUGACAAUCUCUCUCUCUCUAAGGGAGCUUUUUAACGGUUGAUGUUGGUAGACAUCUAUUGCUCCAGCAUCAGUUUUGUUAUUGUCUCCAAUAGCUUGAUAAUGAACUCCAUACUUAUCUAUUGAUUGCUCAAUUAGUUGUGGUUGAAUGAGCUGCCUGUAAGCACUAUUUUGGUCCUUUAUUAACUCAGAGUGAGAAUCUAGCCAAUAUAAAACUCAGAAUUACAAAUAAGCUAUAGAAAUCAAUUAUGGAGUAGUUUCUCAAUUUUGGCAAACAGUUGGGUGAAUCUGCUUGAGGAUGGAACCAAGGCGAAUCUGAGCCCCCAACUCCUUUUUUUCUUUGCUGAUCUUCCCUGAAACAGGUUUUUCAGUGCUCUGCAUGAAUACGCGAGUGUUGUAGUGAUGCUUAACCCAAAAAAAAUCAUAUCUCUAACUUGUUAGUUUAAGGGGUAUUUGGUUGCAGCAUUAAGGCAUGAUUUACGAGGCUAUUUGGUGGUCAGGUUUAAUGCUAAAUUUCAUUCAAAUCCUGCCAAGCAGUUUUUGUUGGGUUUUUACUUGAAUUGCAGGUUUCUUAAAUUCAGGGAAAGAUCGAAUUUAAUUGAUUUGUCGGUUGUUUGGUAGCAGCAUUUCGUAUGAUUUAUGCAGGGUUAAUAUAAAAUGUGAUCAUUUGCAUGCAUAGCACACAAACUUAUAUUAUUUGCUUAUUUAACAUCUUAAUACUUGAGGAUCCUAAAUCUCAUUCCUUCCCGGUUUAUAUUAGAUCCCUCAUUAGUUUUUUACUAGAAAGCAGUUUUUAGUUUUUGUAUUUAUUUUUUUGUUUUUGUAAUUGCUGAUAUUAUCCAAUUCUUCCAUAAUACUUGUUUAUAGAAAUAAUCUAUUAAUACUUAUUACUACCUAUAUGCAGGAAUGGAAUGUAAUGGGAAUUUAAGUGAGUCAGCCGAUAUUGCAAAUAUUAAGAAGAUUAUACUUGCGGCAAUAUGUGUUAUAAAUGAGUAUUAUGAAACAUAUAUUUGCAAGACACUGUGUAUGACAUCGUCAUCUAGAGGAGACAAAUGGGUUGGAGAGCUACUACAAGGUCAUCCAACGAGGUUUCAUAAUAUGUUUCGUUUGUCUCAAACAAUUUGUUUAGAUCUAUUGUAUGAAUUGGAAUGUAUUCAUCAUCUCCAUGGAUCAUCAAGAACAACAAGCAGAGAAGUCCUUGCGAUGGCUUUAUACAUUUUAUUGCAUAAUGAAUCAAUAAGGUUCACAUGUGAGCGGCUUCAACACUCUACUGAGACAAUCAGUAGGUAUUUCUCUAUUGGAUUGGAGGCUUUGGUGAAAUUUUCAUGUUCUGUGAUCAAGCCUAUCGAUCCUCAAUUUAGUGAUAUCUCAAGGAAUAUUUUGUAUAAUAAUCGAUAUAUGUCAUAUUUCAAGGACUGUAUUGGAGAAAUCGAUGGAACACAUGUGGAUGCUCGUGUUUUGAAUGCUGAGAAAGCUGCUUAUAUAGGAAGAUGUGGGUCAACGACGCAAAAUGUUAUGGCUGUAUGUGACUUCAACAUGUGCUUCACUUUUAUCAUGGCAGGAUGGGAAGGAAGUGCACAUGACAGUCGCAUUUUUAAAUUUGCAACUCUUAAUAGGCGUAAUAACUUUCCCAUGCCACCUCCUGGAAAAUAUUAUGUUGUCGAUGCUGGUUAUCCGAUGCAACAGGGAUUUUUGAAGCCAUUUCAAGAUACCAAAUAUUAUAUCCUUGAUUUUGAAAGAGGAAGCCAAUUAGUACGUGGAAGGAAAGAAACUUUUAACAAGAGACACUCUUCCUUAAGAGGUGUAAUUGAGAGAUCAUUUGGUGUUUGGAAGAAGAAGUGGGUCAUACUACGAGAUAUACUUACAUAUUCAUUUAAAAAACAAAUAAAAAUAGUGAUAGCAACCAUGACAUUGCAUAAUUACAUACGUCGACAUCCUAGUCGGGAAGACCCUGAUUUCAAUAUAUGUGAUGCGGACGGAACAUAUAUACCCAAGGAGGCAUAUGAGUAUAGAAUUGGGCAAUCAGUAGUAGAGAUGGAAGGGAAUGAUUUUAAUCGGGAGGUACGAGAUGUUGAAGGAGCAGAGGAGAUGGUAUAUUUACGAGAGAAAAUCACAGAUGCAUUGAUGGAUGAGAUGAAUUAGGAAGUUUUAUAUGUUUGAUAGCAUGUUUAGUUUUAUUUGAUUAAUUUUGUGAAUCAUAUGAUAAUAUAUAUAUGUGAAUAGUUGCAUUACUAUUUUCUUUUUUUAGUGAAUAUGGCAAGCUUCUUCAGGCCAACUGGUCAAUUUUAUUUGGAUCUUAUCUGUAUUUUUCUUUGCUUUCUUUUUCUAGUAAAAUGAAUCUUCUUUAGUAUGUAGAUAUCUGAAAUGCAAAAGUAUUGUUUCAAAUCCUAUAAAUAGAGAUUGUCAGUUUGUUCUGCUAUGCAGAAGUUAUGGGUGUUGUCUUUAUU